CUCUUUCUCUUUGCCUUGCGACAGCGUUUCGGCGUUUCGAAGUUCUGGCGCACCGUUGCCACGACACUCCCCCACCCCCCCACACUCGACACGACACGACACGACACGCAACGACACGACACGACACGACCCGGCUCGACGCCUCCUAAAGAGGGCAAUGCAAGGCCACACAACACAACACAACACAACACAACACGACAAAAGACAACACAACAUGACAGUAGACAAUGCGACGUCACUCGUCUCAGACUGAAAGUGGCUUUCCGUCCGUGA